AACAUUUAGAUAUAAUAUUCAUCAUAUCUCAAACAUAAGGUACUCUUUUGCACAUUCUCUCCAAGUUUAAGUACCAAAAAAGUAGCAAUAAAAUUGGAGCAGAUCCAUGACAUGCAAAACGAAGCGCGUGGGUGAAAGUUUACAAGUUGACGCAUAGUAGAAGCAUCAAAAUAAUACUCAUGCCUCAUUUUUCUCAAUGAGAUCAUAUUCCUGACAUCAGCUAAUUUGCGAAUCCAUCAACUAAUAGCCAUUUCUUUUAUACUUAUACUUCAAUAGACUAUACAGAGAGAGGAGACAAUAAACUUAUCUGAGAUCGGCGAUCGGCGGCUAGGCUACUAAUGGACCGGCAGAAGAAGAGAAAGAGAACAGUGAACACCGACGCUAACGGCGGCGAUCAUAGCGGAGGUGCCGCGGUUUCUCCGCCGCUGCCAGCUCCGUCGGAGGCGGAAGUCGACGAGUUCUUCGCGAUCUUACGGAGGAUGAACGUAGCAGUUAAAUAUCUACAGAAAAAUGCUCAGAUCAAUGACGUGGCAGAAGCUGGUGGACAGAAGAGAGUUGAUUUGGACCUCAAUACUCUACCAGAAAGCGAAGACUAACGCCGUUAAAGCUCCGAAUUGGAGAAAUGCACAGUCGGUGCAUUUUUGACGGUCACGGUGACGGUACGUCUGUACAGUUUAAGCUUUUUCACUACUGUUGUAACUGACAACGAAUUUGCAAUCUGUUUUUUCGGAGAAUCGUACCUCGUACUCCCUAAUUGGUUAGGUUUUGAACUUGUAAGUUAAAUUUUACAUCAAUAAAUCUUCCUAAGUAUUUUGUAUAAUAAAACUACGACUUGACACAAAGUUUAACUUUUGAA